AGUUAGGGAUACUAAUACUGUCACUUACUGGUAAGGAUAAUGUUGAUGGGUGUGCCAAGUAUAUUAGGUUUCCAUUUUACCACAGUGGUUUUACCUCUCCAGGUAAGUGUAUUAAAGUGGGAGUCAGAUUCCUUAUGUUCUCUGGUUUCCUCAGCAAACAGUCUUACAUGAAGCUAUUAAUGUGCACUUAUUGAGGCCCUGUAUUUUCAGUUGGUUUAUCUUCAUGGGAAUUAUUUAAUUAGCUUUUUGUGUCAAGCCUGAACAUAUUUUGUGUCAAGCUUAAAGUAACUGUCCAGAUAAAAUCUAACAUUUAUAAAUUCAUAUUCUGUUAACUCAUACACAAAUAAUGUUUUUGUUUCAUGCUCAUAUUUGUGACCAAAGCAUAAAUUUGAUAUAACGUUUUUUUUUUUUUUUUUAAUGUUUGCUAUUUCCUCAUAGAGGAUGAUGUCAUCGAUGAGCUAGCCAAUCAGUGGUCUACUUACAUAAUUAUUUUAUGACCCAUAUACACCCACACCCUUCUGUUGUUGGGGUACGUCUACACCAUUCCAACACAGAAAAGAUGCUUUUUAACAUGCUUUAUCAUAAUUUAUUGGAAUUACAACAAUUUCACGUAAUUAAUGACCCUUCAUAUUUCAUAGAAAUCUGGAAACACUAGACAGUUACUUUAAAUAAUACUUUAAUUAAAUCUGAGAUGCAGUAUCAAAGCACUACGCUUGGUUUAAAUCCAACCACCAGGGUCCACUGUUCAGCAAAAUACAAUCAGAGCUCUUGUUUGCUACAGCUGUUUCACAAUGGAAUAAAAAUGAAUUUAACAUUAUAGACUAUACUUGGACUAUUCAUACCCCUCAAGUGCUGUCAAAGGGGACAACUGAAAUACCCUGUUAUUACCUCGUUUUUGUCUGCUGUUGUAAGGUGACUGAGAUAGGGUCACAUAUGCAGUCACAUUGAGAUGUCACUUCUAAUCCAGUUGUAAACUCUAUAUUGAAGGUACCACUCUGUGUGAGGGUGAACAAAAUGUUGCCUUUUCUUUUCACGACUGCAUUAUAGGCUUUUUGCAAUGCAAAGGGUUUUUCCUACAGUAUACUAGUCUAUGGCUAUCAGAUCUGUUACUGUUGGGUUACAUGUGCUCCAAGACUGACACUAUUUGCAACAGCAGCCUCUGUGCCUUAUACUGUAUGUGUGUGAUAAAUUUAAAACAGUAACUGAGAUUGGUCGGAAAAAACCUCAGUCCCACCUGAAUGGAAAUGUUUCUGAGAGCAAAGGCCUUUCAGUUCCAUCACAACUGCUCUCUCCUGAAACCAUGAGUAACCUCAGAAAACAUCAUUGGCUUCACUGUGGGAAUUCUCCAUAAACAUGAUCAGAGUUCUGUAUGAAAGGAGUUUGUAAACCUUUUCACACUCAUAUAUAAUUCCAGGGAAAUUGAGCGUGGCACAGUGACCACAGUUGAUUGACAAAUUAGACCUUGUUUAAAACAAUUGUCAUUUCAAGUGUAGAUUAUGCCUGCUGUAAUCCCAAAGCACAUACUGUACUAAUUUAAUUGUUUUUAUUCGUUUUUUUGUUUUUCUUAAGCGUGACGACACCCUUCUCUAACGAAAUUUGAAUGCUUAAUUUGGUGUCCUCAUUUAGUGAUUCUGUCUCUGGAUGUCCUCAAGACUACUUUCUCCUUAUCAGGCAGGGGUUGGAUGAUCUCAGGGGGACAUAGAAAAUUCCAGUCCCUGAAGCAUCUGGCUGCUUCCUCUCUCUGGUACAGCUGACAUUUAACUGUCAGUGUGAUAGUGGCUCCAUAACACCACCGUGUCAUCAUGGCAUUAUUUCCUCUAGCCCUGGUUUACAGUUUAGUGACUGUUGUUAAUGGUAAAAAGGAGGAUUGGUGGAAAGUCAGUUAUCAUGUGUUAACAUGACCACUGCAGUUGCUCAGGUAGUGUAAUGUAGUCAGUAUACUGUAGUCAGAUGUCAGUGCUUACUAUUGCAGAUCUUGAUGUUGUUUCGGAUCAAAUAUCAAUGAUGAUGACCGGCAGUUGUAUGGGGAAUGCAGUACAUUGUCUAUGUAAAGUAAACAGUACAAUUGUUAUUUGACUUGCUACAUUGGAAAUUCCAGAGUAUCAUGGCAGACAAUACAUUGUAAUUUAUUGUUUGACUUCAAAUGUGGUUAAUAUUUGAUGGAAAGUCUCUUAUUCACUGGUAUUUUGUGUAGUCAUUUCUGAAUUCAGCAUUUCCACUUUAUUUACUCUUUCUUCCCUUUAUCAGCAGCAGUAUGACGCCCAUGUGAUCACUUCCUGGCUCAGUCUGAGCCCCAUCUGAGUUUCACAGGGCUGAAUCUUCAAACAGUGGCGGUGAAGGACUUGAGAGGAGAGGGCCAGAAAAGGACAGCAGAUACCAUAACAGAAAGGAGACUGUCAUGCCUUAUAUGUUAAGUGAGGAGAAUGCCUUAGCCUUUGGACUGCUUAUCUGACCACCAACUGUGUGGGACUUCUAAGAGGCUUUAAGGUGAAGUGGUCUCUGUGUGGAGAGCUCAGCCAUAGUCCCAGGCAGUGAGAUACACCCUAUAGAGUAAGUGAACUGCUGCCAGGCUGCAGCUAUGGACCUUGAGGAGAAUGGUCCUCCCUCCUCCUCAGUGACCUCGCUGCUCUUCUCACCAUGCUGAACGAUGCUGCGUCUGUCAUCUACAUUGUGCUGGAGCUGCUGAUAGCUGUACUGUCUGUGUUGGGCAAUGUGCUGGUCUGCUGGGCCGUCUGUCUCAACAGCAACCUGCAGAGCAUCACCAACUUCUUUGUGGUGUCCCUGGCGGUGGCAGACAUUGCUGUGGGAGUGCUGGGUAUCCCCUUUUCCAUCGUCAUCAGCACAGGCUUCUGCUCCAACUUCUAUGGUUGCCUCUUCAUUGCUUGCUUUGUGCUGGUGCUCACCCAGAGCUCCAUCUUCAGCCUGCUGGCCAUUGCCAUAGACCGCUACAUCGCUAUCAAGAUACCCCUCAGGUACAAUAGCCUGGUGACAGGCCAGCGUGCCAAGGGGAUAAUUGCUGUCUGCUGGGUGCUGUCCAUCAUCAUCGGCCUGACCCCGAUGCUGGGCUGGAAUAAGUUCACUGAGCGCCCCAACAGCACCUGUCCCCCAGGCCUGAUGGAGUGCCUGUUUGAGGAUGUGGUGGUCAUGGACUAUAUGGUCUACUUUAACUUCUUCGCCUGUGUGCUGAUGCCUCUGCUACUCAUGCUGGUCAUCUACCUGCGGAUCUUCAUGGCAGCUCGGCAUCAGCUGAAGCUCAUAGAACUGAAGGCUGUCCACGGGGGGAAGUCCCACUCCACCCUGCAGAAGGAGGUCCAGGCGGCUAAGUCGCUGGCCAUCAUCGUGGGCCUGUUUGCCAUCUGUUGGCUGCCGCUGCACAUCAUCAACUGCUUCACCCUGUUCUGCCCUCAGUGUGCCCGCCCGCCCCUCUGGAUCAUAUACGUUGCCAUCAUCCUCUCUCACGGCAACUCAGUGGUCAACCCCUUCAUCUACGCAAACCGCAUCCAGGAGUUCCGCCACACCUUCAAGAGGGUCAUCCGCCGCCAUGUCCUGUUCCGCCGGGAUCCGUUUGACAUUGGUGGCAGCAGCCACACCUCCACCCACAACAGUAUCAGCGGCUCAGUAAGGGCUAAGGCCAAUGGCCUCCGCUUCGAUCUCUUUACCGAGUAUAGCAGCAGCAGCUGUGAGAGCUCCCACCACUGUCAUAGCCAUACCAAACCUGCAGGUGGCGGUCUGAAGCCAGCGCCCAUUCACAACCACCCUCUUACCGUGAUUAGCUCCCACAAUGACAGGGAAAGCCCCCCUGUGCCACAGCCUCUCAGACAGACACAUACACACCCGUUAUGUCAUCCCCUGCAGUAUGGGGACCAGCAGCAGCAGUCUCACAAUGGUCCGGAGGUGGAAGAGGUAAAGAACAGGCAGGAUCUCUCCCCUGUCCAGGUCAAAACACUGUUCUAUAAACAUAAAACCUGCUUCACUGAGCUCACUGAGGUGUUAUAAUGGACACAGAAUGGGCAUUAGACAGCUACAAAGGAUCGUUAUCACCUGGCCUUUGGUGUGAAAUUACUGCUGAUGUGUACAUUGUUUUGGAGUCAGCUCAUAGUAGAUUACUGGGCAGUCAGGCUCACAAUCUGAGGAUCAGAGUUUGGUUGUAUCCAGAUGGUGUAAUUCCACAUACUUGGAGGCAUUCUAUCGCCAAGGAUUGUAACCGUUGGUCCUGAAUGAGUACGAAACGAGGACCUACACAAAGGCAAGCAUACAAAGCCUACUGUACAUUCACCAUGCGGAAGAGAACAACUUAUUUUGGGGGCAUGAACAAUUCUAUUUAAAUUUGCAAACAAAAAUCAUUUUAGUUAUUUAUGGAAGAAACGUUAAUGUGACUCGAAUGGUUAAAUGUGAUUCUGUUUACGAUGUUUAUUCUCUUGCUCUGUGACAUGUCUGGUGCUUAAAUCGGAAUCCUCACAAUUGACUUUUGUUCUAUGAUAACUGGUGAGGUUUUAUUAAAUCACCUUUAUGAUGAAUCUUGUGUGUUUGGGGAUGGCAGGGAUGUUCCAGGUUCGUGAUGAGGGGACGGUACUACUGCAUUGAUUUAGAAUGUUUGUGCCCCAUACAGAUGGACAUGAUAAGAGCAAUCCCUUAGAUGUUCAGGUUUAUGAUCUUGCAAAUGUAUGAAUGCUCAAAAAAUGAUAAUGGUUUUAAACUAUUUUGAGGAAUAUCUAAACUACUGGGCACUUUCUCAACUUGUCUAACUGUCAGUAACACAAACCAAAACUGUUGAGCUGAUCGUUGAGAUUACACAGACAAUUAAAUGGCCAAAAUAAUUCAUCAAUGACACAUACAGCUUACAUUUUUCACUGAAUAUACUCUCAAGAGUUACAUAGCUAUGGCAUUCUCUGCAUUUUCACAUUUUCAGAUGCAAUACAGGACGCAAUACCUCCUGUUUGAAAAUAAA